AUGAUUUUACACUGUGACAAAGAUCAAAGAAGUAUGGAUAUGGAAACAGCAAGUGAUAUGUUACAGUUACUUUUGGGAAAACACUGGCCAUUGUUUACACAAUUUGAUCAGUUCCUAGAUCAAUCGAAGUACAAAGUGAUUAAUAAAGAUCAGUGGUGCAACAUUUUAGAAUUUUCUCGUACAAUCAAUCAUGAUUUAUCCAAUUAUGAUUUAGAUGGAGCAUGGCCAGUAAUGCUUGAUGAAUUCGUUGAAUGGCUAAAAAUACAGCGAGGUGAAGAAACAUCUUCAACAGAAGCUAGAGGCAGCUGAAACAUUCAAUAAUAAUAGUCUACUAAAAUAAAAGGAACUCAUCUUUUCUGUCAUCAUAUUUUGUUAAUAACAAAAUUUCUGUUUCUAUCAUAAC